UCAAUGCAUCACAGAAGAAAGAAGAAGUAGGAAGAGAAACACGUGCGAAACUUGCAGACCCCACUUCCAACACGUUCGUUACAAAGCUUUGACCAACAUCUCCGUUUAAAAUGGGAAAAUCAAAGAAAGAAAAGCCAGAAGCAGAGGUGGAAGAGGAAACGACAGGGGCAGUCGAGAAAUCUUACGGGGAGCUUAUUGUUAACAUUAACCCCAUAGCCCAGCCGCUAGCGUCACGGAAACUCAGCAAGAAGCUCUACAAAUGCGUCAAGAAGGCUGCCAAGCUGAAACAGAUUCGACGCGGAGUGAAGGAGGUGCAGAAGUUCAUCAACAAAGGCGAGAAGGGUAUUGUGGUGCUGGCCGGAGACACGCUGCCCAUAGACGUCUACUGCCACUUGCCUAUCAUGUGUGAAGACAGGAGUCUCCCCUAUGCCUACAUCCCAUCCAAAGUGGACUUGGGUUCUUCGGCGGGUUCCAAAAGGCCGACCUGCGUGAUACUGAUCAAGCCCCACGAGGAAUACCAGGAGGCUUAUGACGAGUGCCUGGAAGAGGUGACGGUUCUGCCCAAGCCCCUCUGAUGAACAUACGGUUCCAUCACAUUCACACACAACCACGCCUGGGAACCUUAUUGUAAAGGCCUAGUGAGAGCACUGGGUUAACAAAUGUUGUCUGCAUCCCACAAGUUCACACACGCAUCAGAAGAGGACAAAAAGCCUUAAAUCAUCUAUGGACCAUCAUUGUUUUCAGUUUAUCGGCCCAUGAUUGGGCCCUUAGACAUCACCUGGUGAAGGCAAAGGGGCAAUAUUAAAUUUCAAAUGUUAAGGAUAUGUGAAGACUUUGAUUUUCAGGCUUGAUAAGGACCCAUCCAUGCUGGGUAAAUAAAAUGCAACGUAUAUAAGAUAAGCAAGUAUUUGUGCUUGCUUUGCAUCGUUGUCCAUUCGGCAACCAACAUUUUAAUCUGUUGCCGCUGAACAUGUAUUAGCAGCAGUGGCAGCAGCAAUCUCACGUUAUUUUAGAAUGAAAUGGCUCUCUAUGACAACUAAAUUGUGUUGCAGUUUCCGAUAGUGUAUUUUUUUUAUGAACUAUUUCUUUGUGCUUUUGUAAAGUCUCUCGUCUCCCUCACCUUAUGUAAAAGUCAUUCGAAGAGAUAAAACUUUUGUUAUUGUAAAGUACUGUACUUUAUAAAAUAAACAUUGUUUGGCCUCA